CGGUGCCCGUCCCCGGUGCCCGUCCCCGGUGCCCGUCCCCGGUUCUCAUUCCCAGCCCGAGUUCCCGAGUCGGGGAGCGCACGCACGUUCGGCACCCCCGGUGCCCCCGGGUUCCCCGGUUCCCGGUGCCGGUACCGGCCCCGCCAUGCCCUCCGCGUACCCGCAGCGAGCCCUGACGGUGCUGCUGCUCUUCGGGACCCUGUCGGCCGCCAUGGCGCUGCUCUCCUCCAGCCUCAUCUUCCAGCUGCCCUCGGGCCGCGCCGCUCCCGCCGCCGGCGCGCUCCCGGAGCCGGUGGCCGCCGCCGUGCUGCCGGUGUCGGCCGCGCUGGCCGCGCUCUGCCUGGUGCUCAACGUGAGCUGCCUCCUGCUCUGCCUCCUGCACGGCUACUUCAGCACCGAGCUGGGCCGGGGGCAGCGCGGCGCCGAGCGGGCUCUCUGGUUCCUCCUGGACAGCCGGAGCGUCCGGCACGCGGCCAUCGGCCUCUUCUGCUGCGGGCUCUGCCUCUACCUCACAGCCCUGGCCCUGUCCAUGCUGCUGCUGUUCCAGCUGGAGGCCGGCAUCGCCAGCGCCUGCAUCCUGGCCUCUGGAAUCCUCGUCCUGCUGCUCUCCCUGCUCCACGCGCUGCUCCGCGCCUCCCGAAUUCCCCAGGGCUCGGAGCCUCCCCAGGCCCUCUACGAGAACGACUCUGCCCAGCCCGGCCCCGGCACGGCUGCUGCUCCCCGGCCCUGCCGAGAAAUCCACCGGGAAUUCUCCUUCCCGCCCUGCCUGGAGCGCAAAUCCCGGCCGGGCUCGGCCUCCAGCAGCAACCCGAGCUCGGGGAGCAAGGGCAAGGAGUUCCCAAGAGGAUCCCAGUCCCGGGACUGGUCCCGCACUCACAGGACUCUUCUGGAUUCAGGGCUGCUGCAGGAGCAGGGACAUGCCUGGAAUGUCACCAGCAGGCAGAUGAGCAAUGCGAUGUCCCACAGAGCCACCAAGGACUCCACGCUGGUCUGAGGGAAACCCAGGGGUUUUCUGGAGGAAGAGUUGAUGCUUUUUCACGGUUUUGGGUUUUGUUUUUCCUGGAAAAAUUCCUUUAUCCACAGCCAAAACCCCAGUGCUGCCUGCCUGGGAACCCAAAUCCAUCCCAGCUGUGGGAGAGGAUCUGGGGAGCAGAAAUUGGGAUUUUCACCAUUUCAGCCUUUCCCAGCAGAUCCCGGCUGAUCUCCCUUCUCCUUCCUCCCCGCUCCAUCCUCAUCCUCAGCACUGGCAUGGAUGGGGGAUUGGGGUGGGGGAAACCCAGUUUGGGGUGGGGGAAACCCAGUUUGGGGUGGCCAGGAACAGAUUUGGGGUGGAAAAAGGCAGAUUUGGAGUGGAAAAAGGCAGAUUUGGGGUGGAAAAAGGCAGAUUUGAGCUGUCAGAGCAAACUUGGGGUAGCAGGAAGGGGGUUUGGGGUGGCCUAGAGUGAUUUUGAGGUGGCAAAGAACAGAUUUGGGGUGGGGAAAAGCAGAUUUGGGGAGUCGCUGCUAUUAUCCCAAAUUCCACCUGCUAUCCCAAGCACAAUUCCCCUGGAAUUUGAGUUCAGCCAUUCCCUGAAUCCCCCUGGAAAAUCCAGGAGGGAUCCACACCAAAGCUCUGCUCCCUCCCAGUCACCGCCAAAACCAAGAGUGCGAGAAAAAAAAUCUUUUAAAAUUUUUUUUUUGUAGUAUUUUAAGGAAUUUUUUCUCCCUUGAAAGCCCGAAAUUCCACAUUCCUUUGCUCCGUGCCCUUGGAAACCCCAGGAUAAAAAAGGAGCUCCGAGCUCCCACGGCCACAGGAGAAAAGCUGAAAACCUUCAAAAGGAAUUUUCUUGUUGGGUUUUUUUUUGAGAUUUUUUUUGGUUUGUUUGGUUUUUUUUUUUCCUUUUUAUUCUCGUCCUCAUUAAAACCAAACCCAGCAAUUCCUUGGCAGCAGCUGGGAAAGUUUCUCCUUGGAGAAUUCCUCCUCAACAAAAGCCUGGAGUGCUGCUCACAUUCCAGCUUUUUACACAAAAUUCCCAAAGCAAGACCUCAUCUGGGAGGUUUUUUGGGAAAAAAAAAAAAAAGCCUGGAAACAAAAAAAGGGAAGGAAAAACACAAA